GGAGUGCACUAGAUGCAAAAGAGAAAAACGUCUGUCUGUUGUAGGGCGCGCUAGAUCAUGCACGCUACAUUAUGGUUUGUGUAAAGCAUUGGGUUACAUUUAUGACGAGGACCAAAUAUUUCCACAGAAGGACUUACACUCUCCGAAGUUUGGAGCAAGGGAGCCAAAGGAAACAUGGCCGAAGGAGGAGUGGGGACUGGUGCAGGGAGCCAUCGUCCCGAGGCGCAGGAAGGCACUGGCUCCUCUCACGUGUACGGCACAGGCCACUGUAAGUGGUUUAAUGUACGAAUGGGCUUUGGAUUCAUAUCAAUGACAAAUCGCGGAGGAACACCUAUUGAUCCUCCAAUGGACGUAUUUGUUCACCAAAGUAAGCUGCACAUGGAGGGGUUUAGGAGUCUGAAGGAAGGUGAGGAGGUAGAGUUCUCAUUCAAGAAGUCCUCCAAGGGACUGGAGUGUGUGACCGUGACUGGGCCUGGAGGAGUGCACUGUAUAGGCAGCGAGAAAAGACCCAAAGGGAAAAACGUGCAGCAAAAACGAAAGCCAAAGGGAGACCGCUGUUAUAACUGUGGUGAUCUGGACCAUCAUGCCAAAGAGUGUGGCCUCCCUCCACAACCCAAAAAGUGCCACUACUGCCAGAGUGCCUCCCACAUGGUGGCACACUGUCCCCACAAAUCGCCCUCAGCCUCUCAGGGAAGAUGCAGCUUAGAGCCAUGCAGCUCCAGCUCUGUCCAGAUCCCAAGCCCUCAAAGAGCCUUGUACACAUCUCAGGAAAGCUCCACCCUUAGCAAAACCCCUAGCUCUCCCACACUGAAAGCUGCUUCAUCACAAAGAAAAAAGAGGAAAAAAUGAGUCGCUUUAUCAUCGCACUAGUCUUUCAGGCUGCCUAGUUUUAUCCAGCACUUCAUUGUGAGAAUUAUACUGGAUUCACCCUACCUCAGACCAGCGAGUUAAGGCCAGGUUAACAUCUCUGGAUCUCUUUAACCUAAAGAGAGGGAAUGCAUGCUGCUUUUUUUUCUUUUUCUUUUUUUUUCUUUUUUGGAUUCAUGAUCAACUGCACUGUGAACGAGUGCAAAUGGUUUCCCAGUGCUUUUAAGAGACUGAGACCUUAUGCACAAUAUAUACAUCUAGCCAGAAUGCAUUUUGCUAAUUUUAUUGCUUUGCUGUUUAUUCUUGACCAUGUUCUCCAACUUGAAUGCAGUAUAAAACAUUUAAAACAGCUGCAGGGAUUCUUGACUUCAGUAGUCACGUUGUACAAUCUUGAGCCAAAGAAAAGAAGAGAUUGGUGUUCCCUUAUAGGUUUAAACAUGCUUCCUGUAUCCGUAUGCUUAAUUCCCCUUUCCAUUACUCUAACGCCACAACACACUAUAUUGCCACCCAAUUUGUUCAUUUGAAACUGACUGCAGUUGUGAGAUGUUUACAGGGAGAAUUUUUUUUAUUUUUAUAUCAGGUUCCAAAUUUAACAAUGUGUAUUGAUCUCUUGUCUGAGAUCAGAUUAGAUCCUUGAAUACUACUGUCUCUUAAUACUGUUAAUGUUAACAUUAUCUUUUGGGUGAGGAAAAAGUCUUGCAGAGACCAUUUAAAACCGUGCAGGAUUUUAAGCACACAUGCACCAUAAUAUCUGAAAUAACAGAUUUCUUGUUAGGUGUGUUAAUGUAGCAGUCAGACAUGAAGGAUAUGAUGUAAAAGCAGUAGCUAGUUCUACAUUAGGCAAUCAUCUCAGCAUUAACUGAAUCAUGCAGUGGAUGAAUAGACAUGAAGAAGCACAAUGGAUUUUAUCUGAUAUUUAUAAUUUUUUUUUCUUCUUUUUUUUUAAUAAAGAGGUAAGUUU